AUGCUAGCCGGCGAUGGGUCUAAGCGGGGAACGAGCAGUGUAUUGACGCUUCUCCACAGAUCUACUCUGCAGGAUGAUAUUUUUACUAAUAAAAAAGGCUGCACGAAUAAGAGGGUUGAAAGGCGUCCAUUGGUUUAUACGAAUAUUAGCUAUCAUCCUCGGUUCUCGCUCGAGAGGCAGAGAACGGUGGUCCUGUUCCAAGCGCCUCGCGAGCAAUUCUAG